UCUCUCAUUCUGUCUUUUGUGGCGAUCUCACCGCAUCUCUCUUCUCCCCUAAUUUUUCUCUCUCCUCUGAAUGCCAACAAAACCCCACACUUCUUCCUCCAAUUCAACCAUUUCUUCACUCACUUCCUCAUACCUUUUUCUCCUAAUUUAUUCAUUUCGUGUAUGUAACAAUUAAUUUCUUCAUAAAGUAGAACAAUUUUAAUUAAAACCCCUUUUUUAAAUUAAGGAUUUUUAUUACGAUAUAAAAAAAAAACUAUGUCAUCGUCAAAUCCUCGAACUGUGGAGGAGAUCUUCAAGGAUUUCAGCGCUCGCCGUGCUGCUAUUGUUCGUGCUCUUAGUUCUGAUGUUGACGAAUUCUAUGGACUUUGCGAUCCGGAAAAGGAGAACUUGUGCUUGUACGGGCAUCCAAAUGAAUCUUGGGAAGUCAAUCUCCCCGCGGAGGAAGUUCCACCAGAGCUUCCUGAGCCAGCUCUUGGAAUCAACUUUGCAAGGGAUGGAAUGAACAGGAGAGAUUGGCUUUCUUUAGUCGCUGUGCAUAGUGAUUGUUGGUUGUUAUCUGUGGCUUUCUAUUUUGGUGCUCGUCUUAACCGCAAUGAGAGGAAACGUCUAUUCAGUAUGAUAAAUGAACUGCCAACUGUCUUUGAAGUAGUGACAGAAAAGAAGCCUGUGAAGGACAAGCCUAGUGUGGAUAGUGGUAGCAAAUCCCGAGGAAGCACCAAGAGAUCCAGUGAUGGGCAGGUCAAGAGCACACCCAAGCUGACAGAUGAGGGCUUUGAGGAUGAAGAAGAUGAGCAAGGUGAAACACUGUGUGGUAGCUGUGGUGGUAAUUACAGUGCGGAUGAAUUUUGGAUUUGCUGUGAUAUUUGCGAAAGGUGGUUCCAUGGAAAGUGCGUGAAGAUAACUCCGGCCAAGGCUGAGAACAUUAAGCAGUACAAAUGCCCAUCAUGCAGCUUGAAGAAGACAGGCCGUAGUCACUGAUGAUGGUACAAGGAGAUCAGAUGAAUUUUUUUACCUGGGUGGCUGACAUAGUAUAGCAAAUACUAUCUUUAAAAGUAUGGAAUCAAUCUGUAGUUAAAUUUGAUGCUAGCUGAUGGUUUGUUUAUACAGCACCUGUUUUACUUUUUUAAUGUGAUCCAAGAUUUUUCUUUUCUGUCUGGAAGUCUCCUUGUAUGUUCUUGUAUCAGAUAGUCUGGGUUUAUGAUAAAAUGUAUUCGGUAUUAGUUGCGUA